GAGAAACAAUAUCACAUAUUCUCACAAAAGAAGAAAUGGUUCGUGGUGGCAAUGGUUGGAGCUACAGGGACUUUGUCAGUUCUAACACCAUAUAUCUAUCUCCCCUUGCUUGUUACCAUUGCGAAGGAGUUCAACCUUGGGCUCGGCUCCGUGGCUCUUACGAUCAGCUUAUACUUUAUCUUCCAAGGCAUAUUUGCAAUGUUUUGGGAUGCAAUAUCUGAUACGUUUGGGAGAAGGCCAACUUACAUCUACUCAAUAUUUACCUUCCUCGCCACGAAUAUCAUACUCAGCUUCUCACCAAACUUUGCAAUCCUCCUUGUUUUCCGUGGGAUCCAAGCUGCCGGUAUUGCUUCAGUUGUGUCCAUGGGCAACGGCGUCAUUCUAGAUAUGACGCCUUUGCCGGAAGCGGACAACUUUUUCAAGGCCUACCAAGGCGUUCGCAAUGCCAGCAUGGUUUUUGGACCCCUUUUGGGCGGCGCCUUAUCCAACUCUCUCGGGUUUCGAUCAAUUUUCGUCCUACUACUUGUCCUUUCCUCCACGAUCUUCGUUCUGCUUCUUCUAUCUCUCCCUGAGACCCUUCGUAGCGUUGCGGGAAACGGUUCGGUUGACCUUCAUGGCAUCCACGAGCCUCUACUCUCAAAGUUUAACCGUUGGAAAGGGAAUGUCAACACCCCGCCUUGUGUAGAUGAGGGGGAGGAGGAUUGCGUUCGGCCGAAGGUUUCAGUCAGAAUGUUCCUGGAGCCGCUGUUGCUACUGAACGAGAAAGAUAUCCUCCUGAGUUUGCUAUUUGCAGGUGUCACCUACGCAGCUUGGGGUAUGGUAUUGGUGAGCACCGCGGGGUUGUUCAACAGUGUCUUUGGCUUGAAUGACCUUUUCCUUGGCCUUGCAUUUAUUCCAAACGGCUUGGGCGCAAUGGUCGGUUCAGCAGUGAUGGGAAAUGUAUUAGAGCGCGACUUCCUCGAAGCUUGCUCAAAACAUAGAGCAGUCCACUCAUUACCACCUACUUUUACCCUCUCCCGGAGUUCGCUUCCAGCCGACUUUCCUCUCGAGCGCUCGCGCCUCGCGCGACUCCCCUGGGUCACGAUGCUAUUUAUUCUAAGCAUAUGCUUUUAUGGCUUUUCGCUCGCAUCUCCUUCCUUAACGAAACGACAGGGAUGGAUUGUCCUGCCCUUAUUGCUUCAAUUUCUCAUUGCCGUCUCGACGACUUCAGUCUGUGCAAUCCAUCAAACGUUGGUGUCAGAUCUAUGCCCUCGACAGGGUGCUUCAAGUGCAGCAGUGAACAAUCUUAUGAGAUGUUCCUUCGCUGCUGUUGGUGUGGCCCUUAUACAAAAGAUAAUUAAGGGAGCGGGUGUGGGUCCCGCAUUUGUGGCUUUGGGGUUUGUCAUAAUAAUAUUAAUGCCUUUACCUGUAUUGCAGUGGUACUUUGGAUCAGAGUGGAGAAGAGCAAGG